AUGUCUGAUAUUAUCGCCUGGCUGGUCCCUACGGCACGUAACUCUCUGGCCGACAAAACAGCCCACCUCCCCUCCAACAUCUUUCGCACCGUCCAAAUAUCAUCCUCUCCAACACUCUCCUCACGCCUCCCAAAUCUCCUGGCUAGUCGCCCAACCCGUGCCAUCAAGCUAUCAUUCGACUCACCCCCCAAGCGCCCGGGCUCUUUCGUUCUGGGCUCUGACCCUUCCACGUGCGACAUCAUCCUUCCCACCAUGCCGGGCAUCGACGCACGGCACUGCGAGUUGAGCUUCGAUGCUGAGGGACGUCUUGUGCUCAACGACUAUUCACAGGCUGGUACGCAGGUCUGGUAUGACUGGGAGAGCAACGGCGACCAGACCGACUAUUCGUGGAUCUUGAGCCCGGGCGCGGAACAUGGGUUUCCGAGUAUGGUGCAGCGCAUCACGGUUGAUAUUCAGGGUGUGAGGUUCCAGAUCGUUGUUAAUCGUUCUGACGACUGGGACGCUUAUCACGACAAAGUCAAGGAUUUCGUGCGACAGCCUUCGUGGUCGCAAGGUCUUUCUGCUGGUUGGGAUCGAGGAUCAGUCCUUCCAGUUGCGCCGUUGUUUUCCAGCACUCCUCUUUUUCAGCAUAUUCUCGUCAAGGCGUUGGGGGUCGACGAGUCGAUCGGAGGGGAGGUAUAUCUGUGGAAUUUGGCUAAGCCUUGGGAGCCUAUGGUCAAGGCUGCCGCGUGA